UGGCGACCGACAAAAAAGGUGUGUCGAAGAAGACCCCUCGAAGGCCAAAAAAGAAAACUCCGACAAAAGAGACGGUGGUCCCAGAGACGGUGGUCCCAGAGAAGAUGGUCCCAGAGAAAACUCCGUUUUCAAAAUUGGACUUUUGGCUCAAUGGAGAUUUGCCCGCAAACUAUGUUUCCAGGCCUACUGCUCCCCAUAAGAUAACCAUGAGUGUGUAUCAUGGGGGUGAAUUGACAUUUGACCCAACUAUGCCCUAUCCAAGUGGGCUUUGCGAAGUCUGGCAUCCGUAUGAUGUGGAUCUCAUUUCAUCCAUUGAAUUGGGUAAGAUUGUAAAAUACCUGGGAUAUGCCAGGUUCAAAUGUUUGUGGUAUAGGCAUGUUCAAAGUGAUGGCUCUGUCAGCUUUAGUCCACUUUCCAAUGAUGAAGAGGUUAGACAAUUCAUUGAAGAUGUUAAAGAUAUAGCUGAAGUUGAUCUAUAUGUUGAACACAUAGUGGAAGAGGCAGAUAUUGUUCCUCUAAUUGCUUACAAGAGUGCUGAAGAUACUCCUGAUGUGUUGCAAGUUGAUUCUGAUAGUGAUGAUGAGGUAUUGCAAGACAAAGAAACUGAGGCUGUUCAAGUGAAGGAAGCUGAGUCUCAGGCAGUACAAGACAAGCUUCCUGAGGUUGUUCAAGACUUUGAUGCUGAGGUAAUUCAAGAGAAGGAGACUGAGACAGUCAAAGAGGCUGAGUUAGUGCAAGACAAGGAGGCUGAGGUAAUGAAAUUAUGAAUGAAAUUUUUGUCUAAGUUGAAAUAAAGUUAAUAUAAUCUUUAACUUGUCAUGAAAAAAUAGCUUGAUCCUGUGUUAAUGUUUAUGAUAAUCCUCAGGUUCUUCAAUCUGAAAGGGGAAUAGGUGCCGAGGUAGUGCAAGACAAAGA